CUUAGCUGUCAUUACACGAAUCACUGUUAUCGCUUUAUAAAGCGCGAGACAACCGGGGCCAGCGCCGUUACCGUGGCGAUUGAACAGGUUGUUGGCUGUGGAUAAAGUAGCCGGAGCGUCGCAAUGAUGUUCAGGGCUGGCGGUGUUUUGAAGCUAGCAGCGCUCAUCUUUGCAUUCCUCUUGGCUGUUUUUCUGGCUUUUCAGCUGCUGGAGAUCAACCUGGAUUUCAAACUAGGAAGUGUGAUUUCACGAUCUAUGCCGGCGAAUGAAGGCUCGACAAAGCCAGUCAGGUACAAGUGUGGGCUGUCUAAAUCAUGUCCGGUUGGACACUUCGCCUUCAAGAUGGCGAGCGGAGCGGCCAGUGUGGUGGGGCCCAGAAUCUGCCUGGAGGACAAAUUUUUGAUGAGCAGCGUGAAGAACAAUGUUGGGAGAGGCAUCAACAUCGCCCUGGUUAAUGGGAGAACAGGGGAAGUUGUCAAGACAGACUUUUAUGAUAUGUGGGCAGGAGAUGUGGUUCCCCUCAUUAAAUUCCUGAAAGAAAUCGAAGAAGGGACUAUUGUGAUGAUGGCGUCAUUUGAUGAUCCCUCGACAAAACUCAACGAUGAAGCCAGGAAGAUCAUCGCUGAUCUGGGAAGCUCAGCUGUCAGUAAUUUGGGCUUCCGGGAUAACUGGAUCUUUGUCGGAGGAAAAGGCAUCAAGACCAAGAGUCCAUUUGAGCAGCAUAUAAAAAACAGCGCAGACACCAACAAAUUUGACGGAUGGCCCGAGGUUUUGGAGAUGGAAGGCUGCGUCCCACAGAGGCAGGACUGAUCUGAGAUCUCGCUGAACACCCAAACUCCUCAUCCUAAACAACUAUUCCUCCUGACAUUCCUGCCUUCCUGAGACUUCUUGGUAGUUACACUUGUUUGGGCUGAGAAAUGUCUUUUUUUUUUUUUUUUUUACAGCUCUCACUCCCUUGUUUUAAAUUUACAGAGUAAAACAAAAUCUCUCCAGAUGUGAGAGGAAAGAGGAGCCAUUAUGAAGCAGAGCAGGAAGUAGAUUCUCUCACAUUUCCUGUGUUGGACACCAAGACAUAGAUGCUUCUUGGGGCUUGUAAUUGGAAGUAGAAGGUAGAGCGCACUGAUUAAAAGGGACCUUUGAUUAUCGGCAUAUCAAUACACUUUCUAUCUGUACGGCCCGCAGAUUUAAGCUGUGAUUGCACUAUUGCAGUUGGAAAUGGAAGUCAUAGCCCAGAUUUAUUUGGGAAGGGAAAAGUUUCCAUUCCCUGUUUCCUGCCUUAAUCCCAAUUAUCCUUAUUCCUGUUUUGUUUUUUUUAUUAUCAACAUGACUGUGUGAUUCCGUUUGUUCAUUUCAGAGUUUAUUUUGAGAAAAUUAUUAUGAACAGGUUUGGAAGACGCUUCUGAUCCUGAUAUUGUAACCAAAUGUACCAAAUUCACUGUGAAAAUCUGUAAAUAUUUGUUUAGAGGAGGAUUUCAGAAUUCAAAGAUCCUAAUUUAAUGAACAUUGUAUUAAUAUAAUUUCUUAAAUGAUAUUAGUGAUGCGUGUGAGUGGAUUAAAAAGCAUUUUGUUAUA